AUGUCAUCCGCGCCUAAGCUCCGAUUAACCGUCCGGGUCUUCCCCCGGGAGGAGCCCGGUCUCUCAGGGUUGAAUCUCGGAGGCACCCAUGAGAAUCAGAACCAGUCCGAGCCUGCCAAACCUCGUCAGUUCCUACUGAUUAUUAAGGAUCCCGAGAAGCUCUCCCUUGGAAACUUGGCAAAUCAGAUCAAAGACCAAUGGCGGGAGCUAUGGCCUUCUGAGGAGCCACUGCAGAUCAAGAAACUGCUCGAUGACGCAUACCCUGAUGCGCCGUUUAGCAUCCACAACACCGUUGCGGAUAUUUGGGUUGAUAAUGGCCGCCACGCGAGAGAGGGCUUUGAUCAGCAUGGUACCGUCCGUGUGAUUCCAACCCCUCUCUCGCUUGCCCCUUCUCCGACACCCAGAUUCCAGCGAGAAGGCUCUGUGUUCCAAGAUGUUGAAGGCGAAGCUGCACGUGAGGCGAAGCGCAAGCUCCUCGAUGCCGCCAUCAGUGCAAAUGACUCGCUCAUCGGAGAGAGGGAGACAUCCAUUAGAACACCCUCCCGAGACAAAGAACCAGACCUGCGGGAACGUCAAUCCAAGAGACCCAGACUGACCGAACAGAAUGAUGCCCCGUCUCCAAGUCCUGCUGGAUCACAGCGCGAGACGACUUCCGGCCCGCUAUUCUACAAUGACAGACGGGCCCCGUCUUUCGCACUGCCCCGUGGCCACAGGAGCCAUCCCCCCAGCAACUCAAAAAGUUCUCCCGAGAAAGGACUUGGUCUGGGUGUCACGGCUAGUCCUGUCAAAGCUAAGACGGCUCAUACCAAGGGCCCGAGUUCUAUGCCUCCGCCACCACUUCCGCGUUACUCGCUGCGUGGAGCUUCCAAUUCAUCGCCGCUGGAGUCUAGCUCACAAGAUGACUCUCCAUUGGAAAAUAGGAAAUCCAAGCGACUGUUCAACUCUGUUCCGCGGGAGAUUUCUCGUGAUAAGGAACGUCGGACUAGGGCCAACGUGAAGGCCUCGGGAUCUAGCAAGAAAUCACAUCGUGCCAGCUCUAUGAGUGGCCCCACGGGCGUCUCUAUUCUCAACAAACCCCCAAAUUGGGCAAAGAGGGACAAGGAAGAGCUCGAGGAGAUCAGGAAAUUGCGCGGAGGAUCCAACACAAACCCGGAGUGCUUUGAACUUCUCCGGAAGAUGGAGGAACUCCACGAAGCAAGAUUAAAACUCAAAUCUGGCUCACACACUGAUGCACAAGAGCGAAAAAGACUUUUGGAUAAUACUCGCAGAGCACUUGGUCACCGGCGAGGGCUGCUCCAGAAGCUCAAGGCGACCGGGGAGUUGUACAACGAUAACGAUGUGCAAACUACCACCAGUGAGAACUUUGCCAACGAGGGUCACAACAGGGACAGUGACGAGAGCAGCGAGGCAGAAUUGCCCCAGAGGAGAUCGAAGCGUCACAAAGCCAAGCGGCAGGAUCUAUCCAGCGACACUGUUGCUACCCGGAGGAUUUCGUCCCUUCGUGCACAUACGCAGAGCCGCAGAGACAGACUUUCAGACGUCCAGGAUGUCCAGGUUGUGAUUGAUGAUCUCGGAAGCGCCAGGGUUUCGCCAAACAAAAGUCUUGAUGCAAACGACGUCCAGUCGAAUGUGGCCGAUCCUGAGGAUGAUGGAAUGGAAGAUUGCUCUGCACUAAGAGAGCAUAAGGACGAGGACGAUGAUAUUAUGACGGACAGCGAUGGUGGUGAUAUUGAGUUUGAAGAAGAGGGUCUCGAAGUUGAGCAAACUUCGCCCAUCCAUAAUCCUUCCUUCUCGCAGGGACCUUCCCCGCGCAAGACACUUGCUCUUGGUGCUGAGCCCGAAGACGAAGAAAAUGGUUUCCAGGGGGUUUUUACUUCGAAGUAA